GAGGCCAGAGCCUGAGUCACCGUGCCGGACCCGCGGGGGACGCAGGCUUCUCGGGAGACCCCCGCUUCCCUUUGCCGAUGAGGAAGCGGAGGCCCGGGGCACCUGCUCCCGCUCCCCACCGUCCAACCUGCCCGCCCCCGGGGGGGGGGGGGGGGGGGCGGGUGCCGGCCCGGGACCACAUCCGAGACCAGGGUUCUCCGCCUAUAAAUCGAGAGGCUCUUGGCGAAAGCCCUUUGUAAAGAGGCACCUGCUGGGGCGCCACCCGCAAUGGCUCCUGCAGUCACAAGUGCCCGAGUUUGGGAGCGUCCGGUCAGAACAAGGCCCAAAGCACAGGGACAAACCUCUCCCUACACAGGGUCCCAGUCUCCCACAGAUCUUGGUCAGAUCUGGAGCAGCAGCUCCCUCCUGAGAGGUGCUGGACUUUUGUGAUUGGAUUUUAGGAAGAGAAUUUCACCUCCUGGUCUGUUUUCUCUGUUCUGUGAUCAGCGUUUAUCAGCUUAAACUGGAAGGAGUCAGUGUUAAUAAGGCGUCACAAAACCCCCAAGGGUUUGCAAGGAGGUACACCGGAUGCCACAAAGCCUCUGCCUAGCCCGGUCUGGCCAACGUGGGGACUGUGAGCUAGACUUUGGCUUCCUGAUUAGACCAAACUCUACCUUGCUUUUUACCGGAAAAGGCAGCUACAGCAGCAUUCCGCCCCAGGCAGCAGAAGACAGAUCUUAAUCAAGUGAAUUAUCAUAGCUUCAAAGGCCUUAUAAUACCCUCCUAGAAUUUUCUGGACCAGGAACUGCUUGUGUGGUCAAGUAUAUAUUAAAGACUCUUUCUUGCUCCAGAUCUACCGUGGGCUCCCUGUUGGCAUCCGAGUUAGGUUGGAAAUUCUACGAUGCAGAUGACUAUCACCCGGAGGAAAAUCGAAUGAAGAUGGAAAAAGGGAUCCCACUGAAUGACCAGGACAGGAUUCCAUGGCUCUGCAACUUACAUGACAUCUUACUAAGAGAUGUAGCCUCCGGACAGCAUGUGGUUCUAGCCUGUUCAGCUCUGAAGAAAGUGUACAGAGACAUCUUAAUACGAGGAAAAGAUGGUGGACCUCUGAAGUGUGAGCAGAUGAGGAAGGACAAACAGCCAGCUGAGGUGAAGCUCCUCGUGGUCUAUCUGAGUGGGUCGUUUGAGGUCAUCUCUGGACGCUUACUCAAAAGAAAAGGACAUUUUAUGCCCCCUGAGUUACUGCAGUCCCAGUUUGAUACUCUGGAGCCCCCAUCAGAUCCAGAAAAUUUCAUCCAAAUCAAUGUGGACAAAAAUCUUUCAGAGAUAAUUGCUACAAUUAUGGGAACUCUAAGAUAACAUGAAAACUGUUUCAGAUCAGUGGUCUGGAACAAUCAGGCAGAAAUUUCUAUCCCAACUCAAACUAUGUUCUAGUAUCUUUGUCAACACUGUAUUCUAAAUUCUUAAGGUGAACAAACCAUAGUGUACUGAGAUAUGUGUGUUUGGGUAUGAUUUGAAGAAUCUGUGGUACUCUUGUCAUUGUGCUCUGACACACUGGGAGGAGACAGGAGGGAACUUUGAAAGUAAAGCUUCACAGAAAUUCAAAUAUGAUCAGAGGGAAUUCUAUAAUCAAUGCUGUAAAUCACGACCUUAUUUAGAACAUUCUUGAUCAUGCCUAUAUUUGGACAAAUAAAUGAAACUUGGCUAUCCUUGGCAUCCCCUGGAAAUUGGUCCCAGGAGUAGAAAUGUACAAUAUUGACCGCUCACCAUCAAGUCACAUCAGACCAUCUGCUAAUCCUCUCUCCCAAGAUAAAUAAAAAGCACAUAAGCUUCAUGGAUAUAAAAAGUUGCAAAGGUGGAACUUCGAUGGAUGAAGCAUGGAACUCAGUGCCCCAACUGUCCCCAUUCAUUUUAUGGAGACACCAUGAGACCAGGCUGGUGUCAGCCACCUGCUUUUCCACUGCAAAAACCAUCAGCAGUGGACUCUAGGGUGAGGAAGGAACACCAGAGCUGCUGUGGCCAAGAGAUGAAAUGAACCUUCCCGAAGGUCAGGAAUGUGUCAGGAGCAGCUGAGCUAGGUGAGGCUGUGCAGGGUGCAUUCUGGGCCCCGGGGAGGGCAGCUGCAAUCUGGCCAGCACAGGCUGAGUUUCAGCCUGUCCCCCAGAGACUCCAGAAAGAGGCUCCCUUAUCCCUCUAUCCUGACCGAGGCCACAGGAUCCAGCUACUCUAUGGGCCACUGAUCAGCUCUGGCCAGAAAGUGAGUUUUGGAACCAGUUAUCUAGUUUUUUUCACAAGGGCAUGCAGUCUGUCUUGGGAACUACAAGUAGAAUAUGUGCUUGGCAUGCCAGGAGACUGAAAGGGCCCUCCUGGGUAGGCAGACUUUGCUUAAGGAACAUGUGAAACCUCAGAUCUUCCUCUCUGCCUGGAUAUCUGAGAGGCAUCUCCUGCCUGACUUCAGUCCUCAUUAUUCAGGGUCCUUCAAGUCGGCCAGUCAACAUGCUCAGGCUGGCUGAGAGUCACCCCUAGUCACAGAGGAAAGACUCAGUCCACUGUACUCAGUGAGCCCACACUGGGUACUGGGAUGGGCACUCUGCAGGGUUUGAGGAUGCAAAGCUCUGGCUCUCAGGUAGCUUACGUGGGGGUGGAAAGACAGGGCAUCUCGUCUCCUCUGGCACCGGCUAGAGUUCUCAGUGAAGGCAGUUGCUCACAAAAAGAAUAGAUUUUCAAAUAUCCUGCUGGACAGUCACAGAGGACCUUGAAAAGCCUGUUUAUAAUUACAGAGGCACAGAAUCUAUAAAUAAAAAUACUUUCGCAGCUGUAACAUACCCUGAAAUUUCCAAGAACGCCAUAAAGGAACAAUUGUAUUCCUUUUUAGUUUUAAUUUUACUUAGAGUCGUCCUUUCAGAAAAUCAUGGUGGGUUUUUCUGUCAUGAAUAUAACACACCUACAUCAA